AUAACAUGUUCUCGUUUUUAAGUGAUAAAAAGAAGGAUGAAGAAAGUGGAUUAUUGUAUUCAUCAGCGAGUUAUUCAGGUUAUGAUACGACGAGAAAUGAUAAAUCAUCUUCUUGUUCUUCAAAUAGUAAAGCAAUAAACAAAAACAAUCAAAAUGAUACUGUAAAAAAGAGGAAAAAACGACGUAUGGAACAACGACAAUGUUGUUCUAAUAGAACACGAUUUUCCACCCUAUUGUAUAGUGAUAAUGAUGAUGAGAAUGACACACGUCAAAUAACAGACCUUGUUCUUCCCGCCCUUGAUCCAAAGUAUAUACUCUACACUAUAUUAUGAAAUAUGAUACCUAUUUUUUUUUUCUUUCUUUUUUAUCUUGUAAGAGCCAAAGAAGUAAUUAACUCUGUUAUCUCCUGUCACAAUGAUUCUUUUUCUUUAUGUCAACCACAAAUCAAUUUCAGUACUAUACGUGCCAAAUAUAAGCAUGAAAAGAAGAAAUCUCGUCGUAGUAGAGUCGAAAAACAAUCAUUUCGAGACUCUAUCGUCAAUUUUUACAAUUAUAAUUCCAAAGUUCAAUUUAUGAAAAGCUUAUUAUUUGCAAACAAGACGAUCAUUCUAUUUGUUAAUUUAGAUUUAUGGGUUGACCUUCUCUUUUGUCUUACUUAUUUAUUUGAAAUGAAGCAAGGCACUUCUUCUAAUAUGAAUGAAUUGAUAAAGCCAAUAAGAUGGUUAUAUAAAUGGAGAUCUUACAAUCUAUGGCUUAUAUGUCUUGUAUUUACUUAUUGGAAUACAUGUUCUUUUAUGAUUCGCUUCUUUAUUUCAAAACAUCCCAUCUCAUUAUUACUUAGUUUUCGCUGUCUAAUUGAAAUAUUAACUACAGUACCUUUUAUAAUAUCUAUCUUUAUUUCUGAUGGUCAAUAUCUUUAUGUUCCUUAUUUUAUACGAAGUUGGGUAUUACUUUUACGAAUUAAAAGUGCAAUGAAGAUUAAAGUUAAUCUACAGAUAACAGUUAGACCAGUUGAUCCUUUAAGAACAAAGCUUAUUCAUCUUGUUUGGACACUUGUGGUUUUGCUUUAUAAUGGCACAUGCGCAUUCCAAUAUACAGAGAGGACGUUUGGCGUUCACAAGUAUACAAUUAUGGAGUCCUUGUAUGUUGUUAUGGUAACAUUAUCUACAGUUGGCUAUGGUGAUAUUACCCCAAAUACACAAGCUAGUCGGCUUGUAAUGAUGUUACUGAUUGUUAUAGCUUUGUCUGUCUUACCAGGAUUAAUUACGGAUGCAUUAGAUACGAUGAGGAAAAGAAAAGAUGGUGAAGGACAUGUACGUAAGAGCAUAGCACCUUUUAUCUUAAUUGUUGGAACUUCUUUUACUCCAGAUCAAGUAAUCGAAAUAUUGGAUGGAUUCUUUAACAGGGAAAAUGCUGAAUAUAGAUUAAGUAUAGUUUUUCUUGAUAGCAAUAAACCAACAGAACAAUUGAAAUUAAUGGAGCGAAAUUCCAUUUGGGGUCAUCAUGUACAAUUUCUUCAUGGAUCAGUUUUGGAUGAUAAAACAUUAUUACGCGUAGAAGCAAGAUAUGCCAAAGCAAUAUUUACAAUUUCUGAUCAAAAUGCACCAGAGCCAUCAAAAGAAGAUGAAAAAAACACAGUUCGUUUAUGGUCUCUUUAUUGUCACACAGUGAGUCGUCAGGUGCCUAUUUAUACAUAUAACUUAUCUCCUAGUACAGCCAUAUAUCAAAAAGUGGCCAAGGAGAUUAUUUGUGUUCGAGAAUUCAAGCAAUAUCUUCUGGCCAUGAAUUGCCGUUGUCGAGGUGCUUCAACAUUACUUACAAAUCUAUUACAUCAAAGGCAGCCAACCAAUCAGUAUGAUGAAGGCUGGCAAGCACAAUUUGAUGAUGGUUCAUGUAAUGAAAUAUAUACAAGUAAAGCACCAUUAUGCGCACAUGGUCUUACUUUUGCACAAGCAGUAUUAUUUCUUUUUGAAGAAGCACAAAUUAUUUUGUUUGCUAUAAAAACAUUCAUGAGAGAUAGAAACAGUUAUGAGAUACUACUUAAUCCAAGUAAUUCAUAUAAAAUUAAACCAACAGAUGAAUGUGUCUUCAUUGCUGAAAGUCCAAAAGAAGUACAAGAUGUUUUUACCUUGAGUAAACAAGAUUCUAGUCGAUUUUCAUAUUAUGGUAUCGACAAUUUAGCCUCACAUAAUACAACUAACAAUAUCAACAAUUCAUCAUCUACGACAGAUAAUACCUGCUAUAAUGAUAUAGCUGGUAUUGCAUCAUUAAACCAAGCAACACAUACAGUUCUAGCCAAAAGUUUUAAACGACAACCAUCUUCUUCAGCAACAGACACUACAAUAACACAACAAUCAUUUUAUCAGCCAUCACAAACGCUUGAGCAUAGUCAUCAUCAACAACCAAAUUUAAAUUACUCAUUCAGUAUUGCUAAAUUACCUUCCAAGCGACACGCAUUAUUAACCGGUAGUCGUGAACUCAUAAAACGUAUUGGACAACAACAGUCAAUAGAAAACAGCAACAACAACAACAGCAACAACAAAACAAUUCAAAACCAUGAUACAUCAGUACCCUUUUGUUAUUUAUUAAACAAACCUAUUGCUAGACUUAAAGAAAUUACGAUACUUUCAACUGAAGGGAUGAAGAAUCAUAUCUUGGUUUGUUUACAUCGCGAAAUGAUUAAUAUGUUCAAGUUUAUUUAUAAUCUAAGAUCACCUAAUAUUAAGCUUGAUGAGAUACAAGAUAUAGUCUUACUUUGUGCUAAACCACCACCACAGAAAAUAUUUGAACUUAUUAAUACUUUUCCUAGAGUUUACUUUAUGGAAGGUAAUUGUAGAAAUCCAGAUGAUUUACUUCGAGCAGGCAUAAAAAGGGCAAAACAAGUAGUAGUAAUGAGUGAAAAAGAAUAUUUAGAACAAUAUGAACGUAAUUCAGAUAGUCCAGCUAUAAUGGCAAGUCAUAUCUUGGACCUUUUAUUGCAGGAAAGACAAGAAGGAGCUUAUACAAUUGUAAAUUUAAUUGAAAAAACCAAUAUCCGAUUCAUGCAUUUAUUACAAGGAAAAGAUGUUGCAGAAGAAAUAGAUGUAUUCUAUACACCAGCAUAUGCAGCAGGUGAUGUAGUAGCUGACAGUCUUAUUAGCAACGUACUGAUAAGUCAGACCUAUUAUAAACCAGAUAUUGUUUCAAUCAUCAAGACGAUAUGUGGAAUGCCAGGACCCUUAUAUGAUGGUUCAGCAGCCUAUUUAUUGUCUACUGAACCCGAUAUCAAGACAGCAUCUACAGCAGCACGACUUGCACCUCACCUCACAAGUAUCCCUAUGCCUCCAGAAUUUACUGGAUUGACUUUUAAGACCUUAUUCAAGACCUUGUUAAUUAGAUAUGAGGUCCUCGUCAUUGGACUCUUUCGUGCACCUUGCAAUCUAUUAGGGAAUGAACUACCGUUCGUAUAUGCAAAUCCUGUACCUUCUUUGAUUUUAAAGAAACAUGAUAUGAUUUAUGUCUUUUCUCCACCUGGCUGGGUUUUUUAAAACAAAAUAAAUAAAAAGAAAGAGAGAGAGAGGGAGAGAGAAAGAAGGAAAAAAGAAAUAUUUUCUACAACUCUAGUAAUAAUCAAUAUAUGCAUACAUAUAAACAUGUAUUCAUAUACAUGUAUUUGGAAUUUUUAUAAUAC